UGAUCGUGACCCUGCUGUCGCUCGAAGGGAUGAGGUAGAAUAUGUACCCAAAAAAAAUAAAGAAGAAGAAGAAGAAGAAGAAGAAGAAGAAGGAAGAUAAGGUAGAAUUUCUGCCAUGAUCGAGACCCUGCGGUCCCAGAUAAGGUAGAAUCUCUGCCAUGAUCGAGACCCCCCGUCUCCCUCAAAUCCCAUUGAAACCCAGCCGCUGCUCCUCACCCCCGUGUCUCCCCCAAACCACAUUCAAACCCUCGCUCUUCCGUCUUCCCCCCUUCCAAACCCAGCGGCGCCCCCCCCCACCCCACCCCCGGGGCGUCUCCCCCAAACCCCUUCCUCCCUCGCCCCUGCGUCUGCCUCGCCUCUCCGUCUCCCCCGCCCCUUCCAAACCCAGCCGCCGCCCUCCCAACACCCCCCCCCCCCCCCCCCCCCCCCACCCACACACACACACACACACCCAACAUUUCCAACCCAACCCAGCCUCACCCCCAAUUCUCCCUCACCCCUUCCGACCCAGCCGGAGGAGGCGUCGCAGAGGCUGUUGGAGGCGGCAGAGAGGGGGGAUCUGAUGGCGGCAGCGGAGUGCCUCGUGGAUCUGAUGGUGGACGUCAGAUGACGGAGGGUUAGCGGCCGAUAGCAUCUGGGCUGAGAGAGGGAAGGAGAUAUGGCUGAGUUUCUGGUUGCCAAAGUUGUCUUUCAGCUUACCAACCUUCUCGUACAAGAAGCUGCUUUUUUGCGUGGGGUGAGAGAUCAAGUCGAAUGGGUGAAAGCACAACUCCAGCUAUUGCAAGGUUUCCUCAAAGAUGCCGAGUCCAGGAGGAGGGGAGACGAAAGAGUGGAGAUCUGGAUAAGGCAGAUGAGCGGUGUAGCAUAUGAAAUAGAAGACGUCAUAGGCACCAUCAAGUACAUGGGCGAGAGGCGACACCAAAGGAGAGGCUUCAUGGGCACUAUGUCAAGGUACUCUCACAAGCCUCGUGAAUUGAUCACCCUACAUGAAAUUGGUGGUAAAAUUGAAAAAAUAAAGGAAAAGAUCCGUGGUAUCUCUGAGAGCAGAGCCACAUAUGGCAUUGCUAAUCUAGGUGAAAGUAGUGCAAUGGAUCAAAGUUGGCAAUCACUCAGAGAAUCCUCUCCUCACUCUGAUGAUGAUGACAUUGAUGUUGUAGGCUUCGAGAAUGAUAAGAAAGAAUUAAUGAGUCGAUUGCUUGAUCGGAAUGAGAAAGCACGAUGUGUAAUUUCUAUAGUGGGUAUGGGUGGGCUAGGCAAGACCACCCUGGCAAUAAAAGUGUAUAAUAACCCUGCAAUUAAAAAACAUUUCGAUACCUUUGCUUGGGUUUCAGUUUCUCAGAGCUACCGAGGUAUCGAGCUAAUGAAGGACAUCCUGCAAAAAGUAACGGGAAUCAAACAGAGGAAAGGAGACUUGGAGCAUAUGGAUGAACAAGAAGUGGGAGAGAAGCUCCGUGAUUUCCUAAGAGACACAAAGUAUUUGGUCGUGAUGGAUGAUGUAUGGAGUGUUGAUGUUUGGAGACAAAUGCAGCGAGUCUUUCCUGAUCGGAACAAAGGUAGCAGAAUACUGCUUACUACCCGUAACAUUGAGGUUGCAAGAGAUGCCCAGCCAUGGAUUCCUCCACAUGAACUGCAGCUUUUAGAUGACACGGAGAGCUGGCAACUCUUUCGUAGGAAGGCAUUUCCACCAAAUCAAGAUGUCCCAACUGAGUUGGAGGCAUUGGCCCAUAAGCUUGCAAAGAAGUGUGGUGGACUUCCUCUUGCACUGGUGGUGUUAGGGGGUCUUAUGUCAAGGAAAGAUCCUAGCUACGAUACGUGGUUGAAAAUAGCUCAGAGCAUGAACUGGGCAUCUACUAGAGAUGGGAGGGAAUGCCACAAUAUAUUGGGUUUAAGUUACAAUGACUUGCCAUAUCCGUUAAAACCAUGUUUUCUAUACAUUGCUGCGUUUCCAGAGGACUCCAUUAUCUCUCUCUCCAAAUUAGUUAGGUUGUGGGUCGCCGAAGGUUUCAUACUGCAAGAGCAGCGACAGACAAUGGAAGACACUGCAAGGGAUUGGUUGGAAGAGUUGGUGCAGAGGUGCUUGAUCCAGGUUGCCCAAAGAAGCAAGGCUCGUGGGCGGGUUAACAACAUACGCAUCCAUGAUCUGUUGCGCGACUAUGGCCUUGAAGAAGCCAAAAAGGAUGAAUUUCUUUAUGUUUGCAGUAGUGACGACAUGGCAGGAUCUAAUGGUAUAUUGACUCACCGUGCAGCUUUCUACGAUCGUAUAAAUGACGAGGUUGCUGUUUCCUCACCGCGUCUCCGCAGUUUGCUGGGCUUCAGUUUAAUUUUGACUAAUGUGGGAAGAUCUUUGAAUGGGUUAAACUUAUUAAGGGUGCUGGAUCUGGAGGGUGCAGAAGAUUUGGAAGAGUUACCGAAGCAGAUCGGCAGCAUGAUUCAUCUACGAUACCUGGGAUUCAGAUACACUGAUUUGAAGAGGCUGCCAUCCUCCAUCCGACAUCUCCUGAAUCUGCAGACAUUAGAUGUGAGAGGCACAAAAAUUUAUUUGCUGCCGAAAUCAUUUUGGAAAAUUCGGACGCUGAGGCACGUAUAUAUUAAUAUAUAUAUGUUUCUAAGCGCACCGAUAAGUGUGGAUCACAAGAACUUCCAGACUUUGGAAAUUAGGGAGUUUGAAUUUGAUAUGGAUAUUACGGAGAUCGUCCGUUCACUAGGCAUCAGAUUCAACAAAAAUUGUGUUGCUACAUCGAGCUUUACUAGAGAGGCGAUUGACAAAGCAUGUGAGAGAAUGUUUGCAAAAUCACUCGGAAAAGCACUCGAGCAAAUGGACAGCCUUGUGUCGUUGGCUUUGAUUCUGCCCGAACGUAUAAUCUCAGGGGAUGUCUUUUUCGCUUGUGCACCAAACCUGCACCAACUCCGUUCAUUGACACUGCAUGGACAGUUGGUAUUCAAACAACAGCAGCAGCUCCCAGACAACAAUCAAUUCCCUCCAAACCUCACCAAGCUCAUAUUAAGAGAAUCUGGAUUGGAGCAAGACCCAAUGCCGGUGCUGCAGACGCUGCCAAACCUCAGGCUUCUUGAACUGAAUCGGAAUUCAUAUCUUGGGAAGAUCAUGUCAUGUUCUUCUGCUGGUGGCUUUGCUCGACGACUGCAACACUUGAUAUUAACGGAACUCCUAAAUUUAGAGGAAUGGACAGUAGAGGUUGGGGCAAUGCCCAGACUCACCCACUUAACUAUCAAUUGGUGCGAGAAAUUGAAGAUGCUUCCCGAGGGAUUGCAGCACGUGAUCACCCUUCGAGAACUAAAGCUGAUUUCUAUGCCCCGUGAGUUCAAUGACAGGGUCAGCAAUGAGGAUGGGUACAAGGUCCAACACAUCCCCUCCAUUAUUUCUGAAGAUGUGAUCGAUGAGCCAUCAUAUUACCUAUAACUAACUUAAGAAAACAGAUUGUAAAGUUCUUUACCUCCUCUAGAUUAAGAUAAAAGAGUAUUGAACUCAAUGAAGUACUGCUGACCUUAUUGGUGUUUGAUCGUUGCUAUAUCUACUUGUUUUAUGCUCUAGUCCCUAAAUCAAGGUAAAACUCUAAUUUCUUAUUUAUUUAUGUAGUCACGAAUUAAGUAGGAUAAGAAAAUUAUAGCUAAAAGUAAUUUGGACAUUAGAGCUGAAAUUAGGAAUUUAGAAAUAAUUUAUUUAUUUCUUGUAUUGAUGGUUGAUGAAGGACGAACUAAAUUUGUAUUGAUUAAUUGGACAUGCUAGGUGUGGACCGGUAAACACCGUGCUUGAGUUUGUUGCUGAUAGAGAUAAGUAACAUAACACUUCUUAGUGUUUCUGUUCAUAAUUUGCUUAAAAAAAUAAAUUUGGGAAGAUUCCAAUUAUUUGGUUAAGUUUGUUUACAACACUGCAUUCUAAUGCGAUAAAUGGGUCAAGCAUGUAAUCUUAUCUAUUCUAGUCAUUGUACUGUUGGAAAUAAUACAAGAAUAUUGUAUAUAUUUUUAAACUCUUGAAAAUAAGUUAUUUUGGACAUGACUUAUUUUGAGUAAUGAGUUGGAAAGUUGAUUGGGUAAUUUAUCGAUUUGCAUUUUUAUAUAUUCUCAGCAUAGCUAUGAUUUGGUCUUUCCAGUGAGAAUAAUACGUUUGUUUUGUCGAUUUGUAAUUUUAAAAACUAAUUUUAAUACCGAGCCACCGGUGAUUAGAAUAGUGCUUCUUAUUUGAUAUCUGUUAUCUGGUACCUGGUUUACUUUAUAUCUGUUAUGCUUAUUAUUCAGUAUGUGACCCAUGUUACUAAGUUAUGUGGCCAUAGCCUGAUGUUGAGUUUAUUAAUAGUUCAUGAAAAGUAAAUUUCUAAAAGACAUUCGUUGAGAUUUAGAGAAAAUAAGGCUUUUGCCUAGUCUAUAUUAUGUUUGUAAACUGCUAUUUCGGUUUAUCAUUUGCUCAGCAUAUUUAGACACUAUUUCGAAAUGUUAUGUUACUUUCUGACCUAGUGUUGCUCACUAUCUUUUUUCUCUGAUUUCUUUUUUCCUUGU